AUGUCUAUACCAGUGCGAAGAACAGAUCUUCGGACCGAAACCACUUUUCUGGCCAGUAUUGCUCCGGCACAAGGCAGUGUCUGGAAGACAGCGUAUCUGGUUAUUCGUGACCAAAUCGCCUACCCCUUUUUCCAGGGCUUGCUGUGGGCGUUCGCCAAAGACUGGUUCGUUGUUGGCAAAGCGCUGGCGGCAACCAAGGGCCAUGUUGCCGGUGAGCAGAUACAGAAUUGGCUGUCUGUUUGGUGGAGGGCCAAUAUCCACCGGGAGCUGUGA